UCCUGAAUUUCCCUGAAGUAUUAAAUGAUCUCAACUCCUUGCAAACUUUAUUAUCUUUGUUUCACCAAUUCGGAGUAAUAUCAUAUAUUCCUAGCAAAUGAUGUUUAAGGAACUCUAGUAGCACUGUAAGGUAAGAAAUCAAUAUGCAAAGCAAGGACCCAAUCAUAUGCAUCAAAUUUCUCUUCUGGCUUCUUCUCUUCUGUAUUUUUAUCAAGAAGUCACAAACUGCAGAAGACAUCGUCAUUGCAACAAAGAGUGGAAGAGUGAGGGGCAUGAACUUGUCAGUUCUUGGUGGCGCAGUGACAGCCUUUCUUGGCAUUCCCUAUGCACAGCCGCCUAUUGGUAGACUUAGAUUCAAAAAACCACAGUCCCUCCCAAAGUGGUCCAAUAUUUGGAAUGCCACAAAAUAUGCAAACUCUUGUUAUCAGAACAUAGACCAAAGUUUUCCAGGCUUCCUUGGAUCAGAGAUGUGGAACCCAAACACGGACCUUAGUGAAGACUGCUUAUAUCUAAAUGUUUGGAGUCCAGCACCUAAACCAAAAAAUGCCACGGUAAUGGUAUGGAUCUAUGGCGGUGGUUUUCAAACGGGGACAUCAUCUUUACAUGUUUACGAUGGCAAAUUUCUGGCUCGUGUGGAAAGAGUUAUUGUCGUUUCAAUGAACUAUAGGGUGGGUGCCCUAGGAUUCUUAGCUUUGCCAGGAAAUCCUGAAGCACCAGGAAACAUGGGUUUAUUUGAUCAACAAUUGGCACUUGAGUGGGUCCAAAAGAAUAUAGCAGCUUUUGGUGGAAAUCCUAAGAGUGUAACUCUUUUUGGAGAAAGUGCAGGAGCAGGUUCUGUCGGCCUUCAUUUGCUGUCUCCACGAAGCCACCCAUUCUUCACCAGGGCAAUCCUGCAAAGUGGAUCCCCCAAUGCCCCUUGGGCAGUAACGUCUCCCUAUGAAGCCCGAAACAGAACCUUGACCUUAGCGAAAUUUCUUGGUUGCUCAAGAGAAAAUGAGACUGAGAUCAUCAAAUGCCUUCAAAAUAAAGAGCCCCAGGAAAUUCUUCUGAAUGAAGUAUUUGUUGUCUCUUUUGAGUCUCUCUUGUUAGUCAAUUUUGGCCCAACCGUGGAUGGGGAUUUUCUCACGGACAUGCCGGACACCUUGCUCCAGCUUGGACAAGUCAAACAGACCCAGCUCUUGGUAGGUGUGAAUAAAGAUGAGGGCACAGCGUUCUUGGUGUACGGGGCUCCUGGCUUUAGCAAAGAUAACAACAGCAUCAUAAGUAGAGAACAGUUUCAAGAAGGUUUAAGACUGUUUUUCCCAGGAGUGAGUGACGUAGCAAAGGAAGCCAUCCUUUUCCACUAUACAGAUUGGUUGGAUGACCAGAGACCUGAGCAUUACCGGGAGGCCUUAGAUGAUGUUAUUGGAGAUUACAAUUUCAUAUGUUCUGCCUUGGAGUUUGCCAGAAAGUUCUCAGAAUUGGGACAAAGUACCUUUUUCUAUUACUUUGAGCAUCAGUCCUCCAAACUUCCUUGGCCACAAUGGAUGGGAGUGAUGCAUGGCUAUGAAAUUGAGUUUAUUUUUGGUUUACCUCUGGAAAGAAACGUGAGCUACACGAGAGCUGAGGAAAUUUUGAGUAGAUCCAUAAUGAAACGCUGGGCAAAUUUUGCAAAAUAUGGAAACCCAAAUGGGAUACAGAAUAAUGGCACAAGAUGGCCAGUCUUCAAAAGCACUGAACAAAAAUAUUUAACCUUGAACACUGAGUCAUCAAGAAUAUCCACCAAACUACGAGCUCAACAAUGCCGAUUCUGGACACUAUUUUUUCCAAAAAUCUUGGAAAUGACAGGAAAUAUUGAUGAAGCAGAACAAGAGUGGAAAGCAGGAUUUCAUCGCUGGAACAAUUACAUGAUGGACUGGAAAAAUCAAUUUAAUGAUUACACUAGCCAGAAAGAAAGCUGUGCUGGUCUCUAAUGAAUAGAUUUACCCUUUAUAGAAUGUUAAUUUUCCUGUAGAUUAGGGCAAAAAUAUUGGUAGCUCUCUUAUACACCAAGUAAGAAAGCUAUUAUAUAUCUGAAACAAAAAUGCCAGGAGGAUAAUAUUGAUUUUUCAUAUCUUUCGCUUAGUAUUUUACCUAGCAUUUUAAAACCCAAAUGGCUAGACCAUAUUUAAUUAAAUUUCACAGCAUAAAGUUUUACAAUUAAUUAUAUUCAUUUUAAAAUGGUUUGCUGCUUCAAACUCUUUCUUUCCAGAACAAUUUUAAGCUGUUUUUUCCUCCUAAUAACUUUAGGUUUCCAUUUUUAGUCACAUACAUAUUUUAUUAUCAAAGAAAUAUCUUGUUAAAAACAUGAAUGAUAUGUUACUGCACUGCAUACUCUAAAUUACUAUACCAUAUCUUCUAACUUAUUUAUGACUGUAAUGUCUAUAAGCAAUAUUGAAAUAAAUACAGAAGAUAAUUGCAUUCA